CCUCAGGAUGAUUCAUUUUUGUUAUAUCUUUGAUUUUGGAUCGACUUCAUCUCAUUGUUGUUACGCACGCAGAGGUCGGCUCUAUGGUAUAGUAACUCCGCUAUCAAAAUAAAACAUUACAAUUAUAUACUGUUUACCCACAAACUUGUAAUGAUCUAUACACCGCCGUGGUUCACCCUGUUCUGUAGCUGAAUGUAUAUUCGGUUGACUGCAGACCGUCAACGACAGCUUUUACACCUCCGCCAUAAGGAGAGGGUAUAUAUCGUCUGCUCUAUUGUUUCAUUAUGGUGGUUUGGUGAUCCUUUCCGGUUAGGGGCGAAAUGAACGGUGUGGUCCAUUCUUUUAAUUUUCGGACGAUUUUAUGUGAAUUGUGAAAAUUUCACCACACACACACAAAAGCUUUCAUGGCGGACUUGUCUGGUAUCUCUCUCAUAUAACUGGUUUUCAGCAAUUGAAAGAUUUGAUUUGAAUUACGGAAUAGCGAAACUAGCGGAGUUUUAGUAUAAUUUGGAGCUGUGAUCGGUAGUUCUGUUGGACAACAUUUACUGAUUCUUUGUAGAAUAGAUUAUAGAAUCAAACAACAGUGACAAAUUUGUAAUUAAAGGGCCUGUAUUCGUACCACAGAGCGUUACUUGUAUACAAGCUGUCUCCCUGGAGAGUUCUUUUUCAGAAGGAGUGAGGAACGAUAUUCCAAACAAGUGAGAAAUCAGUAAAUUCAGAUCGCCUCCAGAAGGACCGAGGACACGAAGCGGGAGAUCGCGCGUAUGAGCAUUAACAUAAUACUGAACCAUGUUUGAAGCCUAUGACUCACUCCAGGACCUUCCAGGAAGGGAACGUCAUAUGAGUCGAUGCCUUCAAUGAAAGCCAAACGCACAAAGCAGGCAUGAAUGAAAAAAAUUCUCUUGAAUUUUAGUCGAGUUGUGAGGCAAAACAUUUGGGUCUGACCAACAACACAGCGAUCAUCCAGGCACUGCUUGCAGGAACGGCCUUUACAGUCAGAUUAGGACGUGCUGAUGUUGUGAAUCUGAGAAGCUUUUUAUCUCAGCGUAUGGCGAAGUCUGUGUGAUGUUUGGCAUCGUACUUGAGAUUCGUGCUGAUGAAUUUUCAACUUGCCCAACAGACUCAUGGAGCGGGGGAUCAAAAAAAUCAAGUUUGGCCAGGAAAUCUUUUAUGGAAUGUAGCAGAUGAUCUGCCCUACGUGCAGCUAUCUACCUUAGAUGAAGAGGUCAUGGUUAGCUACUCUGGACCAGACACUGGAUUAAUGUAUGCUGAAUCUCCAGGAGGAAACAAUGAUAACCCUGGUCCUGUUGCUGGGUGUAAGACAUGGAAUCGCAAGGAGCCACAAGGAUAUGGCAUCUGCAUCUCUUUAUAUGAACAGCAUCCUAUUAGUAUGAAGAUGUCAGGAGAGCCAUUAGCAGAUGCAUUUGCACUUUGUGCUCGUAGAAAUAAUGCCAUUCUUCUGAUUGCGGAUGGUGUAAAUUGGGGAGAGAAGUCAAGGCUAGCAGCUAGGUGUGCUUUAUAUGGCAGCAUGAAGUACCUCAACUACAAGAUGUUUGAUAAGCAUCAGCAGCCAAGCACUACUCAGGAUGUUAUAACACUUCUUAGGAAAUCUCUGGAUGAAGCACAUCGUGCUAUUCUGGCACGGGAUGGAGGGCUUACAACAAUGUGUGCUUGCAUGGUUGUUCCUGUGGCCAACUCUGAUCAGUAUGUGGCAUGUUGCGUCAAUGUUGGAGAUAGCUAUGGCUUUGUGUACUCCCACAACCAAGGCAUUCGUGAAGUCACCAUAGGUUCUCAUGAUGUGUCAUCAGAGCGAGACAUAAGAGAUGCUGGUGGUGCCUUGGGUCCUGUGGAUGGUCAGAACCCAGAACUGCACAACCUUGCAUUUUCCAUGACUUUCUGCAAUGUUGGUGAUAUUGUCUUUUUGACUACCGAUGGAGUUUCAGAUAACUUUGACCCUGUUGUGACAAAAAUUGCACUCCCACAAAAAGCUGAUGAUUCCAACUUUAACAAGACAGUUCCAAAUAAUCCCAAUGGCAGUCUUCUACAUUCAAAACCAGAAAUGACUCCCAAGGAGCGCCAUGUGUAUUCCAUGAAAGAGAUGGAAAGGGUGAUACAUGAGUAUGAGUUACUCACUGAAGAACAGUGCUCUGCUCAAGAGUUUUGUAGUGCAAUGGUGCAGCAUGUUCUCACUGUGACAGAUGGCAAGAGAAAAAUUUUGGAGAAUCCUGCCCUUUAUGCCAAGCGCAAACUGACAAGUGCAGAACGCAAGCGAAGAGAUUCAGAAAUUGUUGAAAAAAUGUCUAAAGCACCAGGGAAACUGGAUCAUGCAUCAAUUAUAGCUUUUGAAGUAGGUGGGUUCAUGAAGAACAUUGAAGAGAUAGAAAGUGAAAAAGUUGAAAUGGAAAAUGCUGGAAGGCCUUUAGAAAGUGCUGCUCCAAACUCACUGCCUGGACUAACUAGUCCUGUGUCACCCACCUCCCCAUCCAACAUAGCCAAGAAAUCAGGUCCCCGAAAAUUCCUGUCCAUACUGAAAAAUCUCCCAUCACCAACCACAUCAUCAUCUCCGUCAUCUCCUCAGCCACACCACCUUGGCUCCAGCUUGCCUGCUAGCAAUUCCAGCAGACCUCAGUCGCCGUUGGCCAUACCAAUCUCACCUCGGAAGUUUCCCAAACUGAGACGUCAGCGGUUCAGCUCCAGAGACUCGGAGCCAGAAACACCUGCCUCACCUUCCAUCCCUGAAUCUCCUUUUGAAAGUGAGGAUUGUAAUCCAAAUGUUGUGUCCAGUGGUGCUAAUAUGAUAGAUUCCUUUUCACCAGUGCAUGUCAAGUCCCCACAUUUUCAUUCCGCUCACAGCUCUGGUCCCUUACAUCUACGAACUCGAGCUUCCCGCAGGCAGGUAUAUUCACGCAGUGUUUCCUUUGAAUCAUCCUGCUGAAGAUAGAUUCUUGACUGGUGCUUAUGUAGUUGUGUUCAAGCUUUCAAAAGGCAGUUCUUAAGCCUUUGCAUGAGUUGAAGCAUUUAAACUGAAUUGUAACAAUAUGUACCUUAGUGUUUAUCUCUAAUGCUUCGAUCUGGUGCUUUCAUUUGCAUUUGCUCAUAAUGAUGUCAGUUUAGAUACAGUUAAUCCCUUUAAAUAUUACUAAAGUUAGGAGUUAGUAAUAUAACCAGAAAGGAAGUGAAUUUAAAUGUUUAUCAUUAUGCCUACUUUAAAAAAAAGCUUUUAUGGCAGUUCGUUUUCUUUUUUUUUUAGCUUCAAAAAAGUUUACUUGUAAUUUAAAGCUGAAAAGAUAUUGCAUAUUUAUUAAUAGCAUUUUAAAUAAUUUUAUUUAAAAUGAAAAACUUAUCUUUUAAACUUGUGUAAAUGAGAAAAAUAUAUGCUCACUUUAUCAUGCAUAUAAUUCAUAGAGGAUUAUAGUAUGGUCACUAGAGUAUGAUUUAACUUUAUGAUAAAAUGCAUGAUCGUGGAAUGUAAAUACACAGUGGGAAAAAUUAAUGUGGCAUGAGAGAUACUGAGAAGAAUAGGGCUUCACAAGGUGAUGCUACAGCUUUGUAUAUCCUUGAGUGGGCAUUAUUGCACUACAGUAACAACCAAAACUGUUCCAUGUUAACAUUCCAGUUAAUAUUGCUUCCAGUAGUGGAACAUUAUUAACACUUAUCACACUGGUAAAAAUUCUCCCAGUGAGAGCUCCUCCUAUAUGUUUACAAGUCAAUUCGUAUGCUAGCCGUCUUAUGCUGCCCUCAUCAAAAGAAUUCAUAUUCCGGUCAAAGACUCUUCAGGAUUCAAGGUUGUAUUUGCAACUAACUUAACUGAAUGAAGUUUAAUCAGUUUGUGGAGAUGCACUGUCUGCUUUUAAAAUAACGAACCGGAAUUUUAGAGAUGCAAGUAUUCUAAACUACACUUAACUGCGCAGCUUUUAAUCUCUCUGUGAAGGUGUGUUUAUUUAGAUCUUAUUUAUUAUAUUAUAAACUAUGAAGCUGUUCUUUAUUUGACAUGGACCCAGUGGAAAUGAAUGCAGUUUUUUCCCUGCAACUCGAUGAUCUCUUCUUGGUCUUUCAGACCAUGGUGAAUGUCUCAAACAUAUUUAGGUUAUUUUGAGAGACUUUAAAAAAAAAAUGUGUAUACAGUAUAGUCAUUUGUAAUAUGCAAUAGAUGGCUCAGUAUAUUUGCAUGGUAAUUACCAACAGUAUCAGUGUAUCUCAUAAAUCUGUGUAAUCUUAUAUUCCUUCCUAAUAUUACAUCGCCUGUUUUGUUAAACAUAGUAAGAUCUUGCAUGUAUAGCUUUGGGAAUCUCGCCAGAUAUAGCCACCAUUCUCAGCUUGUGAACAUACAGAAUCUUUAUUUCAGGUGUAGUUUCAUUCAGUAUGUUUUUUCUUUGAUUUUAUUGUUAUGUUUAAGUGUUCAUGUUGCUUUGAAAGCUUUUUUAUUAUUCUGCCAUUGCCACUACAGCAUUCAACCUGUGUUUUCCUUUACUGAUUUUACCAUUACAACCAGUACAAAUGUGAUCUCCUGUCCUACUUUCACAUCAUUUUGUGAUGUGAUUAGUAUGCUACACCAUUUGAUUCAUUGUUCCUUGUGCUCAUUGCAGUAUUUGGAUAAUGUGUGCUAUUGCCAUAGUGUAUUUUGAAAUGAAGUAAAGGAGGUGGAAGAAAGUGGAGAUUUGGGUUUUCUACUGCCCACCUCCCUAAACAUAAACAGUUUUUUUAUUGUGGAAAAUUCAGAUUCACAUAUUUCCUCACCACUUUUUCCAAGAAUAAUCUUAGUUUCUUGUCUGCUGUGACUAGUGUCUGGGGAGGUGUUCGGUGAAUGGAUUUUUGGCUUUUUAAUGCUAGCAGAAAACAUCAUUAACUGCAAGCUUCAGCGAGAGAACAGCCAGACAGAACUGGCAGGAAGAAGUUUUCUUAAAGUAAAAAACGCUUCAUGCACAUAUUAUUUGGUACUAUGUACUUAGGAUUUAAGAUUCCUCUUGCAAAUAUUUAAACAUAGUCGAGGAGUACAUAAGUACAUGGUUCUGUCCAUACCCAAGUAGACAUGUCACUGAACAGAAUUGCUCAUAGUAGUUUAAUACUUAAAAAAUCUGCUUGGUUUGUGUUACAAUGGUAUUUACAAAAUGUCAAGGAAAUAUUUUUUAUUUGAAAUUCUGUUUCUGUGAUUAAAACUCAAGUAAGUUUUCAGUGCUUCCUACUGUCCUAGCAUUUAUUAUUCAACAGUGAAGUGGUGGAAAACUUAAGGAAGUAAUGAACGUUUCCUGCAUUAGGUAUUUAGAAACAUGACAAAUCAUUAUCCUGUCAAGAAUUUAUUUCCUUUUAACUAUAGUAGCAGUCAUUUGUAGAUGUUUGUAAUCAUAUGGUUUAUAAUUUUAUAAAAGGUUAAACCAUUUUUUUUGUAAUUUACAUAGCUACACAUAAAGUACACACACAUUCAUGCAUAUACACCCAUGGAAAUGACAAAUGUCUUCGUUCUAAAAAACUAUUAAGAGAAUAUGAAUAUUUUUAAAGAACUUGAUGAUUAGUGUGUGCAUGUACUGUGACACAAUCCAAUCAUUUGUUUAGUUUUCAGAUUUGUUUGUCUUCUUGCAGCAAUGCAUACACGUUUUGGUAGUGUGGUAAUUUAUAACAGUACUGUUAUGUGGUAAAAUAACAAAAAAAGCAGUAAUGGCAUUUUAUGUCUUUGUUUUUCAGUUUUAAUGAACGGGCAGUUUAAUUAAUGACGUAUGUACAACAGUUUUUUUAAAAACAUUUUCCCCUUGUUCCCCUAUCUUAUGAAUGCAUUUCACGCUCUGCACCUUCAUUCUGUUUCGUAGCCCUGUGCUUUGCCACUAAAGGCUGUGCACUAGUGCCGUGUCAGUGACAGAUGUUUGUAUUUGCAUUACAAAGUCUGUAAUGAGUAAAAUGUACCUAAUUUCACCACUUUCAUAUGCAUGUGCACGUGCAUACUUGGACAAGUGUUCCAGUGGGACUGCUUCAUUUUCUCUCUGCUGUGCCCCUAUAAUUUUAGCUUCUCUUACUCAUUUUCUCUUCCUUCAGUCACCCUUUUUACUUUCACCCUUCCCCAUCCUUUCUUCUCUCAUAGAAGCAGAGUUAAAUGAAUGCUUUUAGAUCAGUAAGCAAUUUUAGCCAUAGUUCACUUACUGCAAGAGCAGGCGUGCAAGUUUUCAGCACAUUUCCUAAAAUCAUUUGCGAAAUUUAGAAUAAUGUUGGUGAGGGUGAGACAUGUAACAGUGAGUUGUUUACAUUCAGAGUGUGAAAACAGACCCAUUUACUGAGUGAUAAAGACUGUGUAGACAGAUUAAUCUUAGUGUUUAAAUGGACCCACCGAGAUAUAUUAAGCAUGUUCCACAUUUCUUCAGUGCUUUUUCUGAGGUUCAUCUCAUCGAUAGCCUGUCUGGCUUUUUCAAUAUCAAAUACUGAAGACAAGUUGCAAGUAAAAGAAAGGAAAAAAUUGACAUCACAUGGGGUAGGGUGAGGGGGUUGACAGCUUUAAGGAGAUUAAACCUCUACAAUGCAUGUGUUAUAAAAAAAGAAAACAUUAAUAUUGUUUUAUAUCGUAGGAUUGAUUCUUCAGUUUUUUUGUGUUGGAGUAUUUUUUUUUUAAAGAACUUGCAUGCCUGAUCAGGGCGAAUAAACAAAAUAUAAAGCUAUUUCUUAAUAAGAAGAGCUGCUUACAGUUGCGAAUUCUAAAUAGACAGCUUGUGACUCCACAUUUUUUGUAAUAAGCCACAAAUUUUGUUUCUUAGGGGUGCUUGUUAGUGCGUAUAGAUAGCAACUACAUAUAUACGAUAUCAGGCAUCAUGAGUUAGAGUUUUGCGAAGCUUAUCCUUAAGGCUUUUGAGUUGCACUGUCAUGAUACUUUUUAUGCUAAAUUGUCACUAGCUUAUUUGCAAGUUUUGUAGGUUCUCAUUCCUAUGGUUCUUUUUUGUGUGUUUAAGCUUUUGUUUUAGAGUCUUAGGUAAUUCCCUAACCCUCAAAACUGCAUUAUUUUCUUUUAAGGGAAACUUGUUUCCCUGGAGCCACGGGUAUUGUGUUGCUAUGACAGACCAUUCUAUUUCUUCAGGAAUUCUUUUAAGUGCAAAGUUGGAUUUUAAAGACUAUAUUUAAAGACGAAACAUUUUGCAGAUUUUUAUACAUUUUGCAAAUUUUAUUUCUUGUUUUAUACUCUACCUGCUUAGAUGUUGCAGUGUGCCGGAAGAUCAUUAGCUAAUGCUUGGUCAAUGGUGUUUGAAAUUUGAUUCCCUAAUUCUGUGCACACGUGCCAUCAUUUAUUGUGGAUGUUGUUAAAAAGUGGUGUCGUGAUUUUCUUGCAUGUUUUAUGUUCUUUGACUCUUGCCACAGUUUUGUUUCUAACUGUUCUAUUGCAUGCAUGUCAUGAUAAUAUUUUUAUCUCUAUUUUUUUUUUAAAUGUUGGGGUGGGUGGGUGUGUAAUCACAUUUUGUUUGUUACCCUUUUCAUUUGUAAAACAAGGUUAGUUAACUGUGGGGCAUGAAUGCUAAAUGCCAUGCAUGAGAGUUUUAUUUUAGGCUAUAUUUAAAACUGUGAUAAACACUUGCAUCUGUUUAUAAUUAUAACCAUCACAUUAUUUCUCACUCUUUUAAAAAACACUUUUUACAAAUGUUUUCAGUUUUUGGUAUUUUAUAAAAAAAAACGUGUUUUAGUAGUUUAAAAAACAUUUAUCGACUAUUUGAUUUCAUGCUGGUAACAGUGGUGUUGUUGUCUCAGUUCCAUGAAAGCAUGGUUGUCAUUAAACGUCUUUUGUUUUAUUCAUUCUGCCCUUACAAUUGUACAGUUAAAUUUAAUGAAUUAGCAACCAAGUGUUUUUAUAGAAGUCCUCUAAAAGACAACAAACAGACGAACAAAAAAAAAAAAAUCAAGGAAUGAGGGUAGGGGUUAUGGUAACCCCAAAAAUGAAUAAGUCCAUGUAAUUAAAAAAUGUUAGGAAAUUAUCACUAGAAAGAAAGUGGGUAACUUUAAAGAUUGAAAAAAGUAAUUUUAAAAUGA